CAGGGCAUUGAGUUUGUGAAGCGUUGCGCAGCAGCACAGUGGCUCCCCCUCAGGCCAGUCGCAGUACUGCAGCAACACCCAGCCACAAAUCUGCUUCAUGGCCACAAGUCCAAACCUCUGCAGUACACAUGACUGUUGCCAAAAGGUGAGAAGGUAAACUUACAAUCAGGAGGCAGUGAGGUGAUGCGAAAGACGUAUGACAUGGAGGUCAAAGGUCACCUGAUAACAGACCCUGAGCUGCAGGCCGUUAUGGACAGUAAGCAGCGUGCGGAGCGGAUGGUGGAGCUGCAGGAGCGCCGGAGGAGUCUGCAGUCGCUGCUCAGCACUCGAAUAGCAGAACUCAAACGUGUGUGUCUGCAGGAGGCGGAAUUGACAGGUGAGGUUCCUCAUGAAUAUCCUCUGGAAACUGGAGAGAAACUCCCUCAUGUGCGGCGCAGGGCUGGUCUGUCCCGCAGCGGGUCCAAACAUAACACCAAAAAUGAGGAAGAGGACGUCUCUCAGCGCAAGAUGAAGAAAACUCUGUUCAGCGGCACCCUCCGCAGGCAUGUCGAUUCAGAACAGCAUCCUCCACACAGCAAACGGACAGUUCAUAGAGGAUGCCACACAGAAAACACGGUGAAGACAGAGAGCAGCUCCACGUCUGAUUCCACCAAUCAGGACACUGAAGAUGCCUCUGAUGGCCUGUCACCCUCACAGCCCCGGCUGGUCUUGGGGAGCCCAGACAACAGGUUUUCUCGAAAACUCUCCCCAGUGGAGAUCUAUUACGAGAUGAAAACACGCCGCAACUCUGUGGCCAGCUCAGCCAGCCCGAGUCACUCUCUUCCAAGAAGUGUGUCGAAUCUGGAAGGUAGAAGUGUCCCGGCAACUCCUCUCCUGUCCCGCAAUGGAAUAACAGGAGUGCACAUCAGGUCAGAAUCCUCUAGCGGCACUGCUGCUGUGAAGCAGUGGUCAGACAAUCCCGAGGCGUCCCAUCAGGUGCCUCUGCAGUCUCAGGACGGGUCGUCCUCAGGGUCCUAUGAGCAAGGGCACAGGCGUAGCAAUAGCUCCGAGACGUUACUCGACCGGCACGGCACCUCAGCGGAGGACGGAGGUCAAAGGUCAGCCAUGCCUGUACGGAACGGCCCAUACAAGAGCUCGGAAGCCAUCAUGGACACGACUUUAAAACAGGCGCAACGGAGCAGCCCCGAACGGCAGGUAAACGGGCACACCGAACUGGGCCGCGUUCGCUCGGCUGCGGGAGGUCGAGGAACGAACGGAGGUGGCGGUUACAGUGAGAUCCUCAUGGAUUAUGUGUGGGGGAAGCAGCAGAAGAUGCAAGCUCAGCAACAGCAAAGACUGCAGGUGCAAAGUAAUGCAAAAACCCGGCCGUGGGCCGACGGUCCCAGUGCUCCACCGCUUCCUUACAGGAACGGCUUUGCCCAAUCUCAGCAGCUUAUCCUAGGCAACGGCCCUCCGGCCUACAGCCCUCUAAUGCUGAGAGGGAAACCCGGCGAGCCACGGAGAGUCAAAGUGUCACGCACCAAAUCCUGCGGCCCGUUCGUUCCCUUACAGCAGCACCAGCAAGAGUCCAUCCUGCUCUCUGCCUACACCGAAACCAACACCUCCAAUGGUACCGCCACACAUAACCAGCAGAUCGACCACCCCCACAGGCCACCUCAUUACCCUCUUGACUCCUCCGCACCCACGACCCCCAACGACCCCACGCGCAGCCUGCACAAGGCCCUGGCACUGGAGGGUUUGAGAGACUGGUAUCUGCGGAAUGCGCUGGGACAGAUGGCCAAUGGAGGGAAGGGCAAAGAGGGGACGCAGACUCAGCGCAGGCGUACCACGUCCUCUCUGCACAACUCACACCCCCAUCCUCCACUCAAACACCAGCCACAGUCCUUCCAAACAGACACGUCCUAUCCACACAUCCCCCAGUCAGCCACAUUUCAUGGACACCCUCUACACGGCAGGUCGAUGGAGCUUUCUUUGUACCAAGAUACCUUUUCAUCUAAAAUGCAGGACAUGACACUUAAAGAGAGCAGUAAUGACAGACCCACGCCAGGCACGCUGGUCUGACGCGCAAACAAAAAAUAGACACAAACACAAAGAGACUACAGCAAACACCAGCUUACGUGUGUAUGGAAUGGCAGACUGAGAGAAUGCCAUAAUGGACUAUCAAAGAGACUUUUUGCUUCCUUUCAGUGGUUAGAAUUGAAUAAUUCUGACAGAAAUCAGUCUGACAUCCUUGUUAUACUAACAUAUGCUAAGCUACCACUGACAUGGGACAAAUACUCGUACUCAAGACCCUUUUCAGCAUGAAAUCAAGCUGUCUUCUUGUUUCAGAUCAUCUCUGGGUUCCUGCAGACUUCUUAUGUAGUUUCCCUUUUAAUCAGCAAAAGUAGUAGCAAGCUCUGGCAAAAGAGACAAUAUGUCAGCACAUUCCUAUCAGUGUACAAUGUGAGUUCAUUCUAUCACACUAUUUCCUUGAUAUGGAUUUGUCACAAAAUAUAUACAAAGAGUUUUAGUUGUUCAUGAGAAUCCACGAGACCUUCCAAAAGCCGUACUGGACAUUUUAAGGCCCUCUGAAAAACGAAUCAGGAUCUUCUCAAUGUUUUUAUGGAAAUAUUUCUAUGCAAAUUACAAUCAAGAAGACUGUGUUUAGACAAAAUUAAUCAUUUGAGUUUUGGUUUUGUCAUUCUGAGUAGCAAUUUUAAAAUAUGUAGGAGAAAAAAACUAGCCAAAUCUUAAACUCUGAUGGACUGUUAUAGAGUCAGGGACUCACAGUAUUUCAUGAAAUGUACAAUUCCGUUAGUAUCUUUAUUACUAAUCAUAACGUGGAGGAAUAUAAAUGUGCUCUUUCAGGACGAUGACUUUAAGAAUGGCACAAAGGUCGCUGUGCAGCUCCAACAACAUCUUUAUCUGUAUCACUCGUAUUUAUGAUGCUUUCUAUUUCCUCAGGCUGUAAUUGUAUACCAGUAUUAAUAUCCACAAUCACUGAGAAAACAGAGAAAUUCACAGGUAGAAUAAAGGAUAAAUGACAUUUGAUGUAUUUAAAAAUUGAAUUUUUUGAUAUAAAAAUUAAACCAGAAUGAAAGAUUGAAUUUCAUGAAAUCUGUCAAAAACAAA